AUGUCCAUAUGGAGAAUUCGAGUAAAAUAUUUGUAGCUUAGUUUUUUUUCCUUUUUUACAUAAAAGUUUUAUUUUCUUUGCAUUUUCUCAACUUCAUAAUUUGAUUGAAUAAUAAUUAUAAGCUAGAAAUUAUAAUUGAGCAAUUGCAAUUAUGUCGGCACGACGCAAAUCAUCAGCAAAUAUUCAACCAAACAAAACUCAAAGAAAUCCUUUGAAUAAUUUCAAUAUUAAGAACGAAACUUUAAGAAACGAAGCAAAAGGAACAAAGCCGACUUGUGAAGCUGCUAGCGUUAAAGAUGUUCUCGUCAUGGCAGUGUUGCAUUUGUGCAAGAAAACAAUUUUCUUCGAUGUUCGAUUAAAGGUUGCGUUGUAUCUUGCGGCACUGUUUGUAGUUUCACUAAUUGGAGACUUCAUACCAUUUCCCAAGUCAUAUUUCGCAAGAUCCGAUAAUCUCUUUAAUGUUUAUUUUGUGAAACUUGGAUGGUUUUGGACUUUACUCUUCAGCUCACCUUUUUUGUACUUUACUAACUUGACACUUUGUUGUGGCAACUUUCAGCGAUUUCUUAAACAUCACGUGCCACGUCUUCUAAUUGCAACUAUCUUCUGGUAUUGUUGGACAAGUAUUUUCAAUGUCAUCGAGAAUGCUUACGGUCGUUGUAACAUGCGUGGAUACGAAACAAAGAGAGGAUGUCUAAAAGCUGGUCAUUUCUGGAGUGGAUUUGAUAUCUCAGGUCAUGUUUUUAUUCUCAUAUAUUCAUCAUUGGUGCUUAUCGAAGAAGCAAGACCAAUAGUUGGAUGGGACAACAUUAAAGAGCAUUUAAGGGUUGAAGAUCACAAUCGUAAGACGCAAGAUUCGUCAUCAUCACUUAAUCCAUUGAGAAAUUUGAAUGAGGAUGAAAUUACAUCACUAAAGUUUUUAUAUUCGAAGUAUACACCAAUUAUUAAGCUUCUGUUCGUUGCCAUUACAAUUCUACAACUUCUUUGGGAUAUAAUGCUUGUCUGUACGAUGCUUUAUUAUCAUCGGAUGGUGGAGAAAGUUGCUGGUGGAAUAAUAGCAAUUUGUACUUGGUACUUCACUUACCGUGCUUGGUAUCCGUCCAAAUCUAUUCUUCCUGAUGCAGCUGGAAAAGGACCUUUCAUUUAUCAACAAAAGGCUGUACAACCUAGUUCAGUAGCAAGACGAAAUAGUUUAUUAACGAAUAAAACUGCAAAGCCAUCGACAUCGAGUGAACUCCCAAAGUUUAUGGAAAUAAAUAGAAGUUUUAAAGUCAAAAACAUAAUAAUGGGAGCUUUAGAACAACUGGUUGAAAUGGGAUUUCCAAAAGAAAAAGUGGAAAAAGCAAUCUCGAUUAUUGGCGAUAAUACAGAACAGGCAAUGGAAUGGUUGUUAGCACAUAGUAAUGAUGAAGAACCGAUUUCAGUGCCGGCUUCUGAAACAGUUUCGGCAGUGACUCCAAUAGAAACAGACACAAGUGUUGAAAUUAAAAACGAUGAGUCAUCCUCAGGCGAAGGAUCCUCGUCAAUAUCUGCAGAAGCGAAAAGUAUCAAGUGCGAGGAUUGUUCACGAUUGUUUAAGACUCCUUUAGAAGUAGAAUUUCAUGCCACAAAAUCAGGACAUACAAAUUUUUCUGAAUCAAUUGAAGAGAAGAAGCCACUGACAGAAGAAGAGAAAAAGGCGCAAUUGAAACUCAUCGAGGAGAAAAUCGCUAAGAAGCGAGCUGACCGUGAAGAAAAAGAAAAACAGGAAAGUUUAGAUCGUGAACGUAUGAGAAUUAAAUCUGGAAAAGAUUUAACAGAAGUUCGUCGCAAAAUGGAAGAAGACGAAAUGAAGAAAAUUGUUGAAGAGCGUAAACGAGAUAAAGCUGAAGAAAAAGCUGCAAGAGAUCGGGUUAAAGCACAAAUUGAAGCUGACAAGGCAGCACGACGAGCCAAGUCUGGCCAACCUGUGAUUGAAAAGCCCACGCAAUCUCAAGUCCAACCACAAGCAGUUGUGUCACCACCAAAAGAUUACAAGCAAACACGAAUCCAAAUACGCUUGCCUAAUGGAACAACCAUUGCCGAAACCUUUGAUAAAAAUGAACAACUCGCAGCUGUUAGACUUUUCGCACAAUUAAAACAAGGAGAUGAAGUUGGCUUGAUGUCUUUUGGGAUGAUGACAACAUUCCCACGAAAAGUGUUUGGCGCUGAUGAUUACGAGCAGACACUUGAACAACUUGGUUUGGUUCCAUCAGCAACUAUCAUCAUCACUCGUGUGGUUUCUUAACUUCUCGACUUCCUCAAAUGUUUUUUCAACUUUAAUCUAAAUUCAAAAUAAAUUUGAAAUUUUUUAAUCUU